AUGUUAAAUCUCUAGAGUGGUUUUGAUUUCGAGUAGGAUGUGGAAUUGAGGGCGGUGUAGAAUGAGGAUUUUGAGUAGUAAUACUUGGGUUAGUGUUUGCGAGAGACUAAGAAGGAAUUCUCGUUAGUGUUGCCUCAGAUAGCCAGCAGAACAUUGAGUGCAAAAAGUCUAGAAGCAAAAUAUUUGCAUAGUCCAAAAUCGCCAGACUCGAAUAAUGACGAGAACAUUCUAGCUUCGAACAUCUAGACUCCAAAGGAGCCAGUUUUUCAUGGAAGGUAGGUUGAAAGAAGGAGAAGUUAGGCAAAUGCAGAAUCUAGUUUUAUGUCCUUGUUUUAUAUUGGAAGGUUUGUGGAGAAACUGUCCAAAAGUCGAAAGUAAUUGGGUAGUCUAAACGAUGCUCAUUUCAAUUUGAUAGGAGACAAGGCAUCUGAUUCACAAACCCUAUUCAUGCAUUCCAAGCGCAUGAAGUCAGCUGGGUUCAACAUCAAGAAGAUGUAGACCUUGUUGAAAAAAGAAACUGAUAUCAAGGAUACAACAAUAGUGGAAUAAGUGAAGGAGGAUUUGAAGAAACUUCGAAAACCGCUUUUUAAUUGUCUCCAUGCAAUCAUCACUAAAAUCCCUAUCAUCCAACCAGAAUCGUUAUUCAAAAUGUAUUGGGAUUUCUUCACUUCCAUAUUUAGAAUUUUGCUUUUAAUUCUGGUACCUUUGGAAAUUGCAUUUAAACCAGAAAUCCUUUUCAAUAAUCUCAUAUAAAUUACAUAUGUGAUUCUCGUUAUAUUGUAAUUGGACUUCUUGAUUCGAGUGAACACUUUAACUUAUAAGAAUGGAUAUGCCAUAAAGGAUAAAUGGGAUUUGGUAGUCCAUCAAUUGAAAAAGGAAUUUCUCACAGAUUUCUCAACAUCCUUGAUUUUGAUAAUCUUCAUGAUUAUCCCUGACAUGAACACCAGUGCCAAUUUAUUCUUACUGGUCAUCUUAGGUCAACACAAAUAUGUGUACGAGACCUUUGCAAAGAGUGAUUAGAUAUCCUAUUUGACUCGACCCUAAAGAGGAGUGUUUAGUCUAUUGAAAUUCAUUUUGACAUUGCUCUACAUCCUGCACUUAUUUAGUUGCAUCUGGUUCUAUUUCAGUAGUAUUCGAGUGGAGGACUCAUGGAUUCGAUUUAAUGAUAUUGAAGAUAAGAGUUGGGAAGAGCAAUACUUAUAGGCACUCUACUUCGCAGUGGUCACAAUGUUAACUAUAGGAUAUGGUGACAUGGUGCCUAAAAAUGCUAUUGAGAAAAUAGUGACUAUGGUAUUUGUGUUGGGUGCAUGUUUAUGGGUAUCUUACAGUGUUAACUUCAUUGGCAGCAUCAUCGAUGACAUCACCCAGAACUAAGUGGAAAGGAAUAGGAGAAUGAGAGUAAUCAACAAGUACAUGAAUUAAAGGAAGAUUCCAUAUAGUUUACAACACCAAGUGAAGGAGUAUUUGACAUUCAGAUGGAAGGAAGAUGAUGAAGUAGAUCUUGAGAUGGAACAGACAUUAUUAGAGUAGUUAUCUGAUGAAUUGAAAGAGGAAUUGGACAAGCAGGCACACAAAGUGUUCAUCUAAAAGUCAGAUUUCCUGUAGAAGUACUUCAGUGAAGAGUUGCGUAAUGCACUAUUCAAGUCUAUUAAGAGAAAGAUAGUACCUCCUUAGAAUACCUUCUCUACUGAUUUCUCAAAUGAAUAACAUUUAUGUUUUGUUGAACAAGGUUUCAUAGUGUAUUAGCAUCCUGAGAGAAAAUAAAGAUCUAAGAUGAAUGCUGUGAUUAAUUAGGGAUAAUUCUUUUGCGUUAAUGAUUUCAUUACUAAUAAUCCUCAAGUCGAUCACUUCAAAGCCAUAGGAUAUGUUAGUUUAUUGAUAUUGUCCAAAUCUGAUUUCAUGGAAACAUUGAAGGAUUAUCCUGAGGAUUUUCAAAAGUACUGUUAAUUGAAAGAAGGCAUUACUUUGAGUUGUCAUCCGCCUGCAUUGGAAAAUGGUGUAUUCUGUCCAGCAUGUUUAAGUUUUAAACAUUCUCUCAAUACAUGUCCUUAAGUUUAAUAUGUUCCUAAUAGGGAAGCUGUAAUAAAAAGAUAUUGCAUGUCUAACUUUCAGAAUUCCUCCUAGUAUACAAGGAAAUAGGAUAAGGAGAAAUAACAGUGGCAUACAAGAUUGAUGAAGGAUUUGGCUCAAUAAUAUGCUUCAGUUUUUUAGAAUGAGAAUCAAUAAAUCAUAAUGAAUCACACCAGAAUCUUAUUGAAUUUUGAAUGUGGAUCAGAUUCCAACUCAUCACUCGAUGAUGAUGCAGGUUCCCCAGCAUUUAAACUACCUCAAACUGCUCCUAUAUUUUAAGCUUAACAUAUUAGAUCUUCUCGAGUGAAUAGGUUAAUCAGUGAUUAGAAUAAUAACACACCACUACAGAAAUAAACAAUUAUGAAUGAUUAGCAACAUUAAAUGAAAACUGAUUAGCAAAAUAAUGUGAAUGAAUUAAGAUAGAAUCUCAAUAAUGCUCUAUAGAAUAGAAAAUAGUCAAUUUUAGCAGGUGCUUUCGGAAUGAGUAAGAGUCCCAGAAAUCGUAAGGAUAGACCUAUACCAUUGGUAGACGAGAUCAAGGAAUUCGAAAGUGGAUUUUAGAAUAUUUCAAGUGAUGACAACGAGAUGAAUACCUCUAUUGAUUUUAAAAAAAAGAGAGAGGAGAUAGCAGAGGCAAUAUAGGAUUUCAAUAACAAUAUGUUGGACAAUAUCACAAAUCUAUAUCAUCAAUUACAACGGAAUCUGGAGUUGAACGAGAAUGAUAAUAUCAGCAAGAAAGCAUUAUUAUAGUUGGAACCAAACUAUUGGUCAUUCAAUCAGUAGAAAUUUGAUGAUUUUGAGAUCAAGGCAUCCUUUGAAUCAUAUUAUAAUAAACAAAAUGUGGAAGAUGUGAUAUUGUAUGUAAAAUACGACAUUUUUGAAUGGCAGACUAGAAUCCUUUAGAGAAUGCGUAAGUUCAUGUUGUAUCCCUUUUUGUACAUCCAAAACUUCUUGAGAUUGAAAAGGAAUGAUAAAGUGAAAUCUAUAACUCCAAUGAAAAAAGCGGGUAGAGUGGAGAAUGCUUUGAAAAAUCUAAAGGAGACCUUGAAAUUAAAAAGGAAAACCACAUUUAUCCGUUCAAGCAACAAGAUUCACUCUGUAGUUCCAGAGUUUGUCAACCCAUUUUAAUAAUAUAAGAAAUGA